CGAGGAAAGGGUGAGACGUCCUUUUCACUUAUAGCUUUUCGUAUAUCCUCUCUCCUCUUUCCUGUCGUAUUUUCUCUCUCCUCUCUGUUGUUCCAAUUUUUCUCUUUCGACGAAAUUGAAACUGUCAAUCUUCUUUGAUUUUUUUCGACAAAAUCGUCCACCGACGAAGAGUUGCUGGAUUCAUAGGUUCUCCCCGUUGGGAUCUCUGUCCACCUCCGUCAAAAUUAAAGCGUGAGACGUCCAUCUCCUUCAGACUCAGUGUAGUGAUGAAGAAAAAAUCAAUUGUUCGGUCGAUGAAUCGGACAAAGUGGGGGGGUCCAUUAAAAAGAGAGUUACGCAAACCUGUGGGUUCGUCAUUGAAUCUGAAACCAGUGGGCCAAUCGAAGAAAAUGGGGAUUGGUAAACGAAAGGGAAGAAUUGAUGGUGAAGACGAAGAACAUGAUGAUCAAGAACAUGAUGAUCAGGAAUCUGAAUAUUCGAGCAAUGAGGAUUCUGAUUCUAGUUCUGGAGGAUUUAUGAAGAUGAUGAUUAAGGAGUACAUGAAGAGAAAGAGUAAGAAGAGAAAAGGGAAGUCGGUGUGUGGAGUGGGGAAUAAGAAGGGUAUUCAAACAUAAGGACAUAGAGUUAUGGCCGAUGGUGUAGUCCUACGGAAACAUUAUGAUAACAUUGGGAAGCAGCCCAAUGUUGUUUGUCGAGUGGAUAAGUUUUGUUAUCUGGUCAAGAAGUUAGAUCCGAAGAGACGGGAGCUGGUGGAAAGUAUGGGCUUUGGGGGGUUGUUGCAUUUGGAUAUGAAAAAUAUCCCGAGGCAGUUUUAUUACUGGCUGAUGAGUAGGGUCUUUGGUGAUGGGACAGUUGUCUUUGGUGAUGGAUCAAUUCUUCCGCUAGGGCCAAACCAAGUAAGAUCCAUUCUUGGGAUUCCUAUGGGAAGGAAGGAAGUUCCUCUUGUUCUUGGCGAUGACGAAGACGACACCCAGAAGAUUAUGCGGGUGUUUCAACAAUACGGUGUUGGUUUGAAGCGAGAAACGGUGUCUCUCAAUCUUGCAGCUGCAGCCAUGUGCCCUGAGCAUGAAGAUGGUACUCUGGUGGAGCUGGAGACAGAAUUUGAUGAAGAGGACUUUAUGAUAGCUUUCCCAAUUGUUGCCCUAGGAAUGAUAGUCUACACGACGACAAACAGUUCAAACUUAGUUGCAUCGUUGGUGCCCACAUUGGUAGUUGCAUCUGUAGCAGGAGAAUAUGAUUGGUGCAAGUUCACAAUUGACUGGGUGCGCGAAUCCGCUGAUCGAUUUCAAACAAAGUUCCAGAAAGAUGGAUUCCGUUAUGGCUGUGGUGGGAGCUUCGUGUUUCUUAUGAUUUUUUAUUUGGAUCACCUCCAUCGUGUACCAAAUAGGUGGGGUGUAUACCCCAGGCUGAAGGUUUGGGAUUCUGACCAUUUAAAAGCAGUUAUAGAUGAAGAUAGGAGGUCUGAUGAAGAGUUUGGAUUUUUUCCGGUUCUUGACAUUGCGUAUGGGGAGGACCAUCCUUUGGUUCCACGUAAUGAUGGAGAUCUCGAGCUGGUGCACAUUAAAGUUGCAAAUACUUCGGUGAAUUCUAUAGCGGAUCAGGUGCUUGCUCUAUUAACUCAUAGGCUUGUUAGUCUAGUGGAGGGCAUAGUUGGUAAAGCAUUAGGCAGUAGUUCAAAGGCUGGUCAUCUUGAUAUGCACACUGUCAGCAUGGGUAAAGGGAGUCAGCCCCAUCUUAGUGGGAGUAGUAACAAGGGUGCAAAAGUGUUGAAAGCACCCCAAGAGAAGUGCCCAGCUGAAGAGAAGGAAUCUUGUAAUUCUAGCAAUGGUGAAAUUGCUGAUACGAUGACUCGGGAAACAGCUUAUGAUAAGCGGUUGGAGACCUUUGUGAAAGGAUGGAAGGAUUUGAAGGAUGAAAAGAAGUAUUUUUUUUUUUGUCUAUCCUUUCUACUUUCUAGCGGUUUAUGUUAGUGUUAAUGUUAAAGUUACAUGAAAAUAUUUGGUUUGUCCAUUUAGAUAGUCCACAUUGUCCUUAAUCAAUCUUGUAGAUUAAAAGAUUUAUAGCUUUCUCUAACAUGGUUAAAAAACUUAACUGAGACAUAUAGACUAUGUCCAAUUUAAUUGGUUGUGUUUGUAAUGGCAAGGAGGGACCGUCCAUCAUAGAGUGUGAUGGAAUGAAUGCUACACCGAGGGACUGUUAUGGUGUUGUGGUUCCUCGAGCCCGUCUUGGGCGGCAUCAAUAUGUGAGAAUGACAUCGAUUUUGUACACAAAGUACUAGGGGACAGUUGAGUUUCUGAAUCGGAGGAAACGGAUUUUGAUUGAUCCUUCCUAUGCAAUGAUGAUUAAGGCUAAGGAAAAGGAUUAUGCGAAUCUUGCAAGGAAGUGUUUUUCUCAGUGCUUAAUGGAUCGUCAGAGAACGGGGAUGAACACUGGUGGUGCCUUCAUUGAUUUGGUGAAGAAGCAAUUCUAGAUGAUUGAUUCAUUAUAUCCGGAUCCUUAUGAACAACAUUCAGAGCUUGUUUCUGAAAUGGUGAAGGCCAUUGAUGUUCUUUUCCAAUUGAAAGAUCUGUUGUAGGAGUUGGGGACUUGUGAGAAAUGGCCCAAGCAUGUGGUGGGCAUGGUAAAGCAGACGGAUACUUUCUCCUAUGGUGUGCUAAUGCUUGGUUGCAUUAAGCACUAUGCCCGUAAUUGUCCUGAUACUAGUUACUCUCUGGAGAAGAACUUGAAGAAGAGGUUGUUUUUGGAGGAUGCAAACAAUUCUUGCAACGAAUUAUUAGCAAAAUUUGAUGAAAUUCUGCCCAAGGAUCGAGUCCGGCCCAGAAGGACUGUGUCUUCUCAAAACACUUUGUAGUUUUGGUCACUUAGGUAUUUUUAGGUGGUGGAAUUAUUAGCUAAUCUAAGGGAAAACUGUUGGGGUAUUUGUGGUGUUUUUGUGGUGGAAUUUGAAUUUUUAGGUGGUUAUUUGUGUUGGUGUGUUAAACCAAACCAAGUGGUUGGUCUUUAUGUGGCGAUAUUUUGUUGUAGACAAUGCAGGUUGCUUAGACAAUGACAAUGCAGGUUGCUUAGACAGUU